GCAGGCUGGAGCUGGCUGCACACCUGAGCAAAAGGUGGGACAAUCAGCGAGGAACCGUGUCAUCGUGAAGUAUCAACGAGCUGGCGACAAAAGGACCGGACUACCUGACUCGGAGGCCGGCGGAGAGAAAGAAAAAGAAGUGAGCGUCGUGGGAGGGCGGGCCACCUGUGACGGCGAAUGAGUGGAGAGGAGCUCCAGAGUCAGUGCCGCCGAGAGUAGUGUGUGUCAUUCAGUGGGGGUUUGUGUGUUUGAGUGUGUGUAGGCGUUUAAAGUCCAGUUGGAUUAUCUUCAGCUCAAGGAAACGUACAUAUCCUUCUCUUCCAGGAAUUUGUACUUGAUCCAGGUUUCUUCAGUCCCUCUCUACAGCACAGUGAAAGCGGCCGCCUGCUUGCCUGCUAGUGUUUGUCGGAGCGUGUGGUUGUGUUUGUGUGCUGUACAGGGGUGUAUGUGAGUCGCAGGGUGAAUAUGUUUGUGUGAGUGCCUUUGAGUGUGUGUGUAUACCCUGGUCGGAGAGCGUUCGUCCCAUGAGACGCUCGGCAGAGAUGCAGGGAGCUCGAUCCCCCGCUCUGCAGCUCCUGCUGCUGAGCUGCUGUGUUUGUGUGGCGGCCGGCUACCCAUUCAAAACGCCCCUGGACCUGGACGUGACUCCGCGCAUCACCGUGUUGAGCAGCGGUCUCCAGGGCUGCAGGCGUUUCCAGUCCUCUGCAGUCAACUACAGCACCAUGCUGCUGGAGGCUGACAGAGAGCAUCUCUACGUCGGGGCCCGGGGGGCUGUAUUCGCUCUCAAUGCCUCUGACAUCUCAGCCAGCUCUGCUCUCACCAUUGAGUGGGAGGCCUCUCCUGAGCAAAAACGCCAGUGUCUGCUCAAGGGAAAAGACAAUAAGACCGAGUGUUUUAAUCACAUCCGCUUCCUCCAGAGGUUCAAUUCGACUCAUCUCUACAUGUGUGGGACUCAUGCCUUCAGACCACUCUGUGCAUAUAUAGAUGAGAAGAGGUUUGUUAUGUCAUCUCAGCCUGAGGAGGGAAGAGAAAAAUGCCCCUAUGGCCCGACGACAGGCUACACUGCCCUCAUCAUAGACCAGCAGAUGUAUACGGCUUCCCAGUAUGAGUUCAGGAGCUUUCCAGAUAUCCGCCGCAACUCUCCGUCUCCCACGCUGAAGACAGAAGAUGCCCCCACACGCUGGCUGAAUGAGGCAGACUUUGUGGGCUCCGCACUUGUGAGGGAGAGUCUUGGCAGCAGCACUGGCGACGAUGAUAAGAUCUACUUCUUCUUCACCGAGAGGAGCCAGGAGCAGACAACAACCUACAGCCACAGCAGGGUGGCGCGAGUGGCUCGGGUUUGUAAGGGGGACCGGGGGGGCCGUUUAACUCUCCAGAAACGGUGGACGUCCUUCCUCAAGGCCAGGCUGAUGUGUUCUCUGCCCGAGUACGACUUCCACUUCAACAUGCUGCGCAGCGUGUUCGUCAUGCCUGGCCACACGCCACAGAACACGCUCUUCUACGGCAUCUUUGGCCUGGAGUGGAAAAACGUGAAGGCAUCUGCUGUGUGUCGCUUCUCUCUGUCUGAAGUCCAAGAGGCCUUUCAAGGACCCUACAUGGAGAACCAGGACUCUGGCUCUAAGUGGAAGGAAUACACUGGAAAGAUCCCUGACCCGCGACCAGGAACGUGUAUAACCGACGCUCUCAGGGCCAGGGGCAUUAACUUCUCCACCUCCUUGCCUGAUGAUGUGCUGAACUUUGUCAGGAGGCAUCCUCUGAUGUCCCAGCAGGUCCAACCUUCAGACAGGCGCCCCCUUUUGUUCAGGAGGACCACAGACUAUACACACAUGGCUGUACACAUGAUCCAAGGCUUAGAUGGACAGACAUACCAUGUUUUAUACAUGGGCACAGAUGAAGGCUGGUUACACAAAGCUGUAGAAGUCAAGGGUCAACUGCACAUUAUCGAGGAACUUCAACUGUUUGAGGAACCACAGCCUGUAAACAAGCUCCUGAUAUCUGAAAAACAGAUGAGUGUGUACGUGGGCUCUCCGUCAGGCGUGUUGCAGCUGCCGCUCUCCAACUGCCUCAGAUACACAUCCUGCUAUGAAUGCAUCUUUGCCAGGGACCCUCACUGCGCCUGGAAUGGAGCCCAGUGUGUGGACAUAAUGGCACACACAGACAGAUCCACUUUAAUCCAGGACAUCCAACGUGGCAGCAGGGGAUGUGAGAACACACAAGAUGAUGUUGUCCAGCGGAGCCGCUCUGUGCGAGUGGGCGAUGACGUGCUUCUACAAUGUGAACUCAGCUCCAACUUGGCGACACCCCUCUGGACCCUGGAUGGCAGCGAGCUGCAGGGCUACGGCCUCAACUCAGGCUUCAGAACCGGCACAGAUGGGCUGCUGAUCAUUGAGGCCCGGCAGGACCAGAGUGGGCUGUACACCUGCUACGCUGUUGAGAACACUAUCAGGGUUGCCAUAGUUACUUACAACGUCACCAUCCGCCUGGACCUGCCCCCUCCCCCACCUCUUGAGCCAACUGAAGACCCUUACAGUUUCUUUGCCACUCUGCCGACACCCACCGAGCGUCCGUCCUCUGAGAGGCCCCUGCCACCACCCCCAGCCCCUCUCCUCCCCCACUCAGAGCUCCUGUCCCCCAGGAGCAUGGAGGCCAUGUACCUGUCCCUCAUCACCAUCCUUGGAGGCCUGUGUGUGGUCCUCACCGUGGUACUCAUCUACGUGGGCUUCUGCCUGCGAGUGGGCCACAGAGGGAAGUACUCGCUACGUGCGGCGGCUGCGGCCUACCCGAACAGCAAGAGGCACAACAGGAACAGGAAACAGCACAGGAGCUCCUCCCACAUGGAACUGAAGACCAUCUCGAGCCACUGUAAUGGCAAUGGCAUUUGUAAUGGCGUUUCAAAGCAACACAACGGCGACACCCAGGAUGGAGGCUUCCUUCAGAUUGUCCCCGGUGAGGGUCACCCGUCAUCCAAUAAGGAGCCUCCUCCCCCUGCCCCUCCUCUCCCUCCCACACCGCAACUUCCGUCUCCAGAGUGCGACUUCCCCAACGGGCUGUCGGCCACGCUGCCCAGCGUCCUGAGGAGGAUGAAUGGGAACAGCUACGUGCUGCUGAGGCAGAGCGACUCCGAAAACACAUCACCACUCUGCUACUCCUUCGCUGAGGAGCUCAAUAGGAUCUUAGAGAAGAGGAAACACACUCAGCUGCUGCCCAGGCCGGACGAGAGCUCUGUGUAGAGAGAUGCAACUCCCCCUGUGGUGGGAUGACUGCUGUGUUUUUACCUGGUGCUCAAGUGCCUGACUCAUUAUUGUUGCAGACUAAAGCAAUGAAAGAGUCGUAUCUACAUUCUUUACUUUGGAUAUCCAGUCAUUCCUACUUUUCGAUCCUUUGGGCUGUUUGUCGACCUUAAUUCCCAAAUUUCCUGACACAGGUUCCUUGUGAAGGACCGAGCAUAAAAUGGGAAAAAAGUGUAAUCUACCUCACCUCAAUACUGCCCGGAAGGACAUGUGCAGUCAGCCUGCCGCCUGAUCCUUGUAUCAGGGCUGAUAUCUCAGUCACAGGAAGAACUCUGAUCCACAAAGCACAGAUACACAGACUCCAAAAAGGAGCAGAGCCCCGUGGGAACAUAAAUACAUGUGAAGACUUCUGCUGUGUAGGGUGGCCACAUUUGGCUCAAUUCAAACUGGAGGGCAGCUAGCCAAAGUUUGUUUGCACUGACAAGUGCACAGAUGGCCUAUGCAUUUUUAAAACAUGACAUUCACACGUUUUAAAUAUUGAGGGAAUGGACGGGGUGGACGAGGGAAUUUGGUUUGCAGUGUUUUCACUUUGAAUACUGACUUAACAUAUACAGUAACUCAUAACACUCUACACCAGCCAAAUGGUGAACUAAUCGUUAUUUAAUAUUACUAUUAACCAAAAUUUUAAGUAAGUAAUUAACUAAACUAAACUGAAGAUGUAUUUAUUUAUUACAUUGUUUUAAUUAUUAAUGACAAAAAGUACAUUAUCUCAUUAUUAAUGAAUCUCAAGAUUACAAAUUCAAACAAUCAUUACUAUGUUAAAUAUGUUAAAACUGGUUAGAAAUGAAAUCAGCAAUUUUGUACUGCCACAAUUAACAAUUUGUUGAUAAUUACUUAAUUUGCAGAUAAACUUUUAGUUUUUAUUAAAUUAUCUACAAACACAAUAAGCAUUAAUGUACCUAGAACUGUAGUUGAUCACUCAGUCCAUCAGAGUGGUUGAAUUUGUUGUAUGAUAAACCUUAUGCUGGUCUCUAUUAUAAUGUUGCAGCUCAUGUCUGCGACAAAUGGGAAACAAGUGGCCAUUAAACAUAAAUUUAAGUAUGUGAAAUAAUGUUCUUUAACCUUUGUUAUUGAAGAAAUAUUAAAUAGUGAUUAUUUCACCGUGUUAAUUGACAACCUGAUGAGAAUAUAACAGUAUUAUUGAUUUUAAUGCACUUUAACUGCCAGUUUUAAAACACUUUGGGAAAGUUAUUGGACACUACUCUGGAAUAUGACACUGCAACCUGUGAUGAACCAGUAGAACAUUUUGAAAGGCCGUUUCUCAGUGUGCAGAGCUGCUGCAGUGAAGGCCACAGCUGUGUCCGCUGGACCUUGUUUGACACAAGUGGAUUAGGAGAAAAACAUUGACUGUGUUUCAGCUGAGCCCGAAUCCACUGCUGAGUGACACCCUGCAUGAGGCCAUAACACAGAAUGAGUGACUGUGGGGCGCAGGAAAAAAGCAUCCAAAAAGAAUCCAAGGUCUGAUGAGAACAGGUCAGUUUGAAUCUCUCUUCAUUUCGUUCCCGGGGAUACCAUCUCCCUGCUAGCGUCAGAUGGUUGGACUGGCUGCAAAGAUGUUCUUCUAAUGAGCGGUGAAAUUAAAUUCACCAUCGUUAGGGGACGCUGACGCCAGAAGAGAAAGAGAGGCUGGGUAAGGGCUACAGCACAAGAGUCUCUGCACCUAGAGCGCAGCUCUGCUUCCCCACAACUGGAAUGAAAAUUGUCAGCUGCAGUGUCUCAGCGAGCAGUGUUCCUUGUUCCUGUUUGACGCAAACUUGUUAGACCAAACUCGACGUAUAAUGACCUUUUUCUCAUACUUGCUGCAUGAAUUAUGUUUCAACACUGCUGUUGUUUUUUCCUUUUUAAGUCAAGGAAUCAACAAGGAUAACUAAUAACUCUCAAUGAAAAGUGCCAAGGUUUAUGUUUUAAAAGCUGCUUUGUGAGCCUAUUUUAUUGGAAAACCAGAAAAGGGUU